GCUAGGUUACCGCGGAGUCAAACAAACGGCAGUGCGGCAGUCGCUUUGCGGUCUGUUUUAGACUUUCUUGUCAGAAUAAAUGUCAGUUUAAAGUUUCGAUUCGUGAUAGAAGCAAGUAAAUACGUAAUAAAUAUUCUUUUCAUCUCUAAACUCCUGCAGUUUGCUCAGGUUCCCUCUGUUAAUCGAAUAAAUAAAUGGACACCAAAAUUAAGAUACCUCGGGACCUGAAAGCCAAGUUGUUGCUAUGAUGUAAGCUACCACAACAUGGAGCUCAUUGACCAAAUGGAUUCUGUUCCUGAUCUGGAAAGAACCUUGUGCAGUGUGUUGGGUGUUGACCUCCCAGAACCAAACAAAGGAGUCCUGCUGGAGCUCUUUGUGCAAACCGUGCUUUUCUGCAGAGAGCGUAACUACAAUAAGGAGCAAACUUCUGCUCUUCUGUCCAUCAUCAAGUCCAUCCAUGAGGCCAACAUUGAAACUCCCCUCAAUAACUCUGAGCAGUGUCUCAGAUACUGCAGUGAUCUUCUGCUGUGUCACUCAGUCAGGAGGCCACCCUUCAGUAUCAACCUGUUCAGCUUUGAGGAGGCCAACUGCAUUUUAAAUUUCAUACAGGACCACUACCUGAGACACUACAAGCUCUACAAGUAUAUAUUCACACCACAGGUGAAACUUGAUCUGUUCUUGAUUUAUUCUGGGAUGUCAGAGCUGGGAUCACCUGCCGCCGAGGAUUCCUCUGUGCCAGGUGGUGUUAUAAAUAUGAUGGAGGACGAAGCAAAUGUAAAAAGGGAUGAUUCUUCUGAAGCACAGGAAACUUCAACCACAGAAGAGGAAGCCUCAGAGGGCAGGAUUAUAAAAUCAGAUGGUUCCAAGGACCUAAAGGCCCUGAUAGAGCGAGAGGUCAGGGAGCAGAUGCAGCAGUUGUCCAGGCAGCUGGAUGAGAGCAUCAGAGGAACGGCAUCCAAACCCAACAGAAGAACCAAUGUUCCCAAACCCAACCAGAAAGGCAAAAAAUAAGCCAUGGACAAACAUCGCUGUCGUUAAAUAAAACAAUUUAAACAUC